AUGGUAAAGACAAGGAAUACUAAUUUUGAAGGGCAACAGUCUGAAGACGAGCAUCAGUCCGGGGCCGAGACGGUUGAGGAGACAAACUUGACCGAUAUGGUGCGCCAGAUGAAGGAAGAAAUGAUCGCCAUGAAACAACAGCGAGAGAGAGAUGCUGCCGAGAUGGCUGCAUUGAGAGAAGAGAAUGCUGCGCUGAAAAAUCAAUACCGGGAUCCCACAUGGAAACCAUCUGAGACAACUCACACACAGGGGUCGUUCCACUCGCAGGGCCCUCACUCUUCUCUUCCCCACACCUCCGUCGCCGCUCCAGCUGCGCAUGCUUCGGUCGGCCGACCGAUCCAGCCUUUGCCGGCCGGAGCACAUCGGCAUCCUUUUACCCCGAACAUCAUGCAGAUGGCACUCCUUGACCAUUGGAAGUCUUUGCCCUUAGACAAGUAUGAUGGCACUACCGAUCCAGACGAACACGUGGAUGUGUUCUUGACUCAAGUUACUCUAAGCACAAACGAUGAUGCUGCUCUAUGCCGAAUCUUCCCAACAUCCUUAAAGGGACGAGCACUGAGUUGGUUUACUCGGCUUCCGGCCAACUCGAUUGAUUCGUUCAGUACGUUGGCUUCCCAAUUCACAAUUCAAUUUGCUACCAGUCGGCCUCACCAAUUGACCUCGUUGGCACUAAUAAGCAUUCGUCAGGAGAAGAAGGAAUCCCUUCAGACAUUCAUGAGCCGAUUCAACAAAGCGGCGCUCGAAAUUCGAGACCUAAACCCUGUUGUAGCUCUACACCACCUUACUACUUCCUUGAAGCCAGGGCCUUUUGCCAACAACAUUUGUAAGAAACCCCCUACAGACAUGGAUGAUUUGCGUAGGCAAGCCGACAAAUACAUGCAGAUGGAGGAAUUGGCCGAGUUCCGGAACCAAGCCCGAGUAGAAGUGUCAGCAAAACCUGACAAGCUGGCAGAGCCGAGUUUUCGGAGUCGACCGAAAGAGUUGGUUCCCCGCGAGAAGCCCCCUCGAGGACCAAGGUACUCACAAUACACGCCCCUUAAUACUAGCCGGUCGGCAGUAUUAGAACAAGCACUGGCCUCGGAUAUACUGGUCAUCCCAAAACGAGCAUCAACCCCUCCUCGGGCCGAUACGACCAAGUCAUGCAGAUAUCAUCGCAACCGUGGACAUUCAACUGACGAUUGUUUGGCCUUGAAGGAUAAGAUUGAAGAUUUAGUCAAGCAGGGACAGCUGUAA